AUGAGGCUCCUUUCCCUCUCUUUCGCCUUGCUGGUGCUGGCCGCCACGGCGCUCGCAGGCAACGUCCUCGAUCUCACCGCCACCAAAGACUUUGAAAAGCACAUUGGCAAAGCGCAGGGCGUGCUGGUCAAGUUCUACGCGCCAUGGUGUGGACACUGCAAGAGCCUGGCACCCAUCUAUGAAAAGGUGGCCGAUGCUUUCGCGCAGCAAAAGGACACGGUGCUCAUCGCCAAGGUGGAUGCCGACAAGAACAAGGCGCUUGGCCAGAAGGCUGACAUCAAAGGCUUCCCCACUCUCAAGUGGUACCCUGCCGGAUCCACCGAGCCCGAAGAAUUCAACUCUGGCCGUGACCUCGACAGCAUCGCCAAGCUCGUUACCGAGAAGAGCGGCAAGAAGAGCACCAUCAAGCCACCCCCUCCUCCCGCCGCCGAACAGCUCACCAGUAGUAACUUUGACAAGAUCGUGCUCGACGAGGACAAGGACGUGCUGGUCGAAUUCUACGCUCCCUGGUGCGGUCACUGCAAGAACCUCAACCCUACCUACCAGCAGGUGGCUCAGGACUUUUCUGGCGACGAUGACUGCGUAGUAGCCCAGAUGGACGCCGACAACGAGUCGAACAAGCCCAUCGCCCAGCGCUACGGUGUUUCGUCGUACCCAACCCUUAUGUUCUUCCCCAAGGGCGACAAGAGUAACCCGCAGCCCUACAACGGCGGUCGAGGCGAGGAGGACUUCAUCAAGUUCCUCAACGAAAAGUGCCAGACCUGGCGUACCACGGGUGGUGUUCUCUCGGACCUCGCGGGCCGCAUGCCUACGCUCGACGGCUUUGCUGCACGCUGGUACACGUCGUCGGCAGAGAAGCGAAGCUCGAUCUACAAUGAGUUUAUCGAGUAUGUCAAGACGAUGAAGGCCAGCCCCAAGAGCGACAAGAAGAAGAACGACGUCGCUGACUACUACUUGCGCGUUCUCGAAAAGGCCAAUCAGAGCGCCGGCUACGUCGAGAAGGAGACCAAGCGUCUCAGCAGCAUCCUUAAGAAGCACGCCGAGGGCACCAGCCAGCUCGCUGCCAAGAAGGUGGAUGAGCUUACCAAGAAGAAGAACGUGUUGCUUGCCUUUGUCAACGAGCGCAUCGCUGCUCAAGCCGAAAAGCAGAAGAAGGAAGCCGACAAGCGAGCUGCUGAGCACAAGGAUGAGCUCUAG